GAAAGCACUCCGGCAGUUCACACAACGCCACCACCACCUACGCCUGCUUCUGCCGCACCCGCUCACGAUGAAUACACUGUGGCUUCUGUUUUGGUGCUUAUGGUGUGCACAGUGUUGGGCUGAAAGCAUGGUAGGCACUACCAGCACCAGCAGUACAGUAGUAUCAACAGUUCCCUCUACAACUCCUGUUGCACCAGCUCCAGCUCCAGCUCCACCAACCAACCCAAAAGACAUUCCGUGCACAUGUGGAGUUUUCCUCAGUGGACAAUUUGUGAAAGGCAGUGAUGCUCAACCACGAGGAAAUGCAGCUCUGCUCCAUGAACUGAUGGUGCCCUUUCCAUGCACACCUGUUGGCCUCAAACAGUGUAUCAAUCGCUGUCUUGAUACCAUUGUGAAACAUCUACCUAAUAGCCCAGCUAUUUUGUGUGGUUCUAUUGAUCGUGAUUGCUACAAGGAGAGGGCAUAUUUAUUUGUGAAGAACUGCAGUGAUAAAUGGGUCAACACAAAUCUAUCUGCUGGAAGGGAAUACUGUUGUAAAGAUGGUGUCCCUUAUAAGUGUCCUAUCAUGUCAUAAUCUACAUUUUGUAACUACCAUCCUUUAUUUAAACAUUUAAAUUAUCAAUAGUGUACUAAUUACUGUUCCUACACAGAAAUACAA